AUGCCCAGUAUCUACUCGGAGUACCUAAGCCCCAGCAAGGUCCUGGAGCACUACAAUUAUACAAAGGAGACGCUGGACACGCGGGAGAUCUCAUCCCGCCAGGUGGCCUCCACCGUCAUCAUCAUCUUCUGCUGCGCCAUCGUGGUGGAGAACCUGCUGGUGCUCUUUGCAGUGUUUCGUAACAGCAAGUUCCACUCAGCCAUGUACCUGUUCCUGGGUAACCUGGCCGCCUCCGACCUCCUGGCAGGUGUGGCCUUCAUCGCCAACACCUUGCUGUCCGGCCCGGUCACGCUGGGGCUGACGCCUGUGCAGUGGUUCGCCCGUGAGGGCUCGGCCUUCAUCACGCUCUCCGCCUCCGUCUUCAGCCUCCUGGCCAUCGCCAUCGAGCGGCACGUGGCCAUUGCCAAGGUCAAGCUGUACGGCAGCGACAAGAGCUGCCGCAUGCUCCUGCUCAUCGCGGCCUCCUGGCUCAUCUCGCUGGCCCUGGGCGGCCUGCCCAUCCUCGGCUGGAACUGCCUGGGCCACCUGGAAGCCUGCUCCACCGUCCUGCCGCUCUACACCAAGCACUACGUGCUCUGUGUGGUCACCAUCUUUUCCGUCAUCCUGUUGGCCAUCGUGGUCCUGUACAUCCGCAUCUACUGCGUGGUCCGCUCGAGCCGCACUGACAUGGCUGCCCUGCAGACGCUGCCCCUGCUCAAGACGGUCACCAUCGUGCUGGGCGUCUUCAUCGUCUGCUGGCUUCCUGCCUUUAUCAUCCUCCUCCUGGACUAUGCCUGCACUGUCCGCUCCUGUCCUGUCCUCUACAAAGCCCACUACUUCUUCGCCUUCGCCACCCUCAACUCGCUGCUCAAUCCUGUCAUCUAUACGUGGCGCAGCCGGGACUUGCGGCAGGAGGUGCUACGGCCGCUCAAGUGCUGGCGGGAGGGGGCGAGGGUGCAGAGACAUCAGGAAGGGAUGAAGGGAUUUCGUCUCUUGCCCCUGCGCAGCUCCAGCUCCGUGGAGAAGGGCACCCGCAUGGCCUCAUUGCCCACUUUUUUGGAAGGCAGCACGGUGGUCUGA